AUGGCCGCUGCCGUGGAAGAAGGAUGGACACUGCAAUUGCCCGGAAACUCGCAUAACUCUGUGGGAUUUCCGAAGUCGAUCCGCGAGGUGGUUCUGAUGGGAGCGUUGCACUGCGACCAGGUGAAGGAUGCCCUGAAGGCAGGCGCCAUCUCUUUGGCGGAGGUUGCCUCGCUGAUGUCCAAGUUCCACCUCUUGGGCCAAAGUGAAGGCAGCACCACCCUUGUGGAGCUGCUCUCAGACGAGGACGUGCGCCGCUUUUUCGUCGCGGCGGGCGGUGCUCCGCAGCUGACGUUGGGCCUGGGGCGCUCCAGCGAGCGGGCGGCCUCGGUGGAGGAUUUCGUCGUGGCACGGGAGCGGCAAAAGGCGGAGGAGACGGUGAAGCUCAAUGUGAGUGGCCAACUCUAUGAGGUGCACCGAAUGACCGCGGAGCGGAUCCCCCUCGUGGCGGCGAUGCUGCGCUUUACGCGGGAGAAGGAAGAGGAGAAGCCGAUCUUUGUGGAUGCGAGUCCCAAGGCAUUCGACGUGCUUCUGGAGAUAGCUCGGGGGCGCAAGAGGAGCUACUUGGACACCUUAGAGCCAUCCUUGAAGGUCUUGGUGGAAGCCUAUGCUGAAUAUGCUGGGAUGACUGUGACCUCGGUGAUGGGCUUCGACUUCAAGUUGAGUGCCACGCAUCCCAACAACGCCUCGGCCAGGAAUGCCUUCGCGUAUUUGUCCGAGCAGGAGACGAUGUACACGACCGGAGUCCGCCAGCAGUGGAACACCGUCUUCGGCUCCUCGCUGCUGCCGAGCAGCGGGCAGAGCUACUGGGAGGUCGAGGUCACCACACUGGGCCAGAUCAGUGCCGACUUCGUGGUGGGUGUGACGACGUCGGCCUUUGCCACGCCCCACGCCAUCCUGGACUCGGGGAACCAAGGUGCUGGGCUGGGCUUCAUCAAUCAGGUGGUCACAAUGAGGUCCAAUGGCCAGAGUGGCUCUGCGUUGACCGAGUCCUUUCCCAUCUUCCAGGGCACUCGCAUCGGAGUUUUCGUGGAUGCGGAUCGAGGCAGCUUGAUGUUCUUCCACAACGGAACCUUCAAGUGUUCGCACAGCGCCUCCUUCAAAGGGCAAUCCUUGCUGCCCGCUUUCUCGGUCCUGGCGGACACAGCGUUGACCAUCAAGACCGGUUUAGUGGCGCCUUCUUAA